CGGGCAGCCGUGCCGAGAUGAACCCCAGCGCCCCCAGCUACCCCAUGGCCUCGCUCUACGUGGGGGACCUACACCCCGACGUGACCGAGGCGAUGCUCUACGAGAAGUGCAGCCCGGCGGGGCCCAUCCUCUCCAUCCAGGUCUGCAGGGACAUGAUCAGCCGCCGCUCCUUGGGCUACGCGCAUGUGAACUUCCAGCGGCCGGCGGACGCGGAGCGCGCUUUGGCCACCAUGAAUUUUGAUGUUAUAAAGGGCAAGCCAGUACGCAUCGUGUGGUCUCAGCGUGAUCCAUCACUUCGCAAAAGUGGAGUGGGCAACAUAUUCAUUAAAAAUUUGGGCAAAUCCAUUGAUAAUAAAGCACAGUAUGGUACAUUUUCUGCUUUUGGUAACAUCCUUUCAUGUAAGGUGGUUUGUGAUGAAAAUGGUUCCAAAGGUUAUGGAUUUGUACAUUUUGAGACACAGGAAGCAGCUGAAAGAGCUAUUGAAAAAAUGAAUGGGAUGCUUCUAAAUGAUCGCAAAGUAUUUGUUGGACGAUUUAAGUCUCGUAAAGAACGAGAAGCAGAACUCGGAGCUAGGGCAAAAGAGUUCACCAAUGUUUACAUCAAGAAUUUUGGAGAAGAUAUGGAUGAUGAGCGCCUUAAGGAUCUCUUUGGCAAGUUUGGACCUGCCUUAAGUAUGAAAGUAAUGACUGAUGAGAGUGGAAAAUCCAAAGGUUUUGGAUUUGUAAGCUUCGAAAGGCAUGAUGAUGCACAGAAAGCUGAGGAUGAGAUGAAUGGAAAGGAGCUCAAUGGAAAACAAAUUUACGUUGGUCGAGCUCAGAAAAAAGUGGAACGGCAGACGGAACUUAAGCGCAAAUUUGAACAGAUGAAGCAAGAUAGGAUCACCAGAUACCAGGGUGUUAACCUUUAUGUGAAAAAUCUUGAUGAUGGUAUUGAUGAUGAACGUCUCCGGAAAGAGUUUUCUCCUUUUGGUACAAUCACUGGUGCAAAGGUUAUGAUGGAGGGUGGUCGCAGCAAAGGGUUUGGUUUUGUAUGUUUCUCCUCCCCAGAAGAAGCCACAAAAGCAGUUACAGAAAUGAAUGGUAGAAUUGUGGCCACCAAGCCAUUGUAUGUAGCUUUAGCUCAGCGCAAAGAAGAGCGCCAGGCUCACCUCACUAACCAGUAUAUGCAGAGAAUGGCAAGUGUAAGAGCUGUGCCCAGUCCUGUAAUCAACCCCUACCAGCCAGCACCUCUUUCAGAUUACUUCAUGGCAGCUAUCCGACAGACUCAGAACCGUGCUGCAUGCUAUCCUCCUAGCCAAAUUGCUCAACUAAGACCAAGUCCUCGCUGGACUGCUCAGGGUGCCAGACCUCACCUAUUCCAAAAUAUGCCCGGUGCUAUCCGCCCAGCCACUCCUAGACCACCAUUUAGUACCAUGAGACCAGCUUCUUCACAGGUUUCAUGAGUCAUGUUGACACAGCGUGUUGCUAACACAUCAACACAGACGAUGGGGCCACGUCCUGCGGCGGCACCUGCUGUCCGCACCGUUCCACAGUAUAAGUACGCUGCGGGAGUUCACAAUCCUCAACAGCAUCUUAAUGCACAGCCACGAGUUACCGUGCAGCAGCCUGCUGUUCAUGUACAAGGUCAGGAGCCUUUGACUGCUUUCACGUUGGCAUCUGCCCCUCCUCAAGAGCAAAAGCAAAUGUUGGGUGAACGGCUCUUUCCUCUAAUUCAAGCCAUGCACCCUACUCUUGCUGGUAAAAUCACUGGCAUGUUGUUGGAGAUCGGUAAUUCAGAACUUCUUCAUAUGUUUGAGUCUCCAGAGUCUCUCCGUUCUCAAGUUGAUGAAGCUGUAGCUUUACUACAAGCCCACCGAGCUAAAGAGGCUGCCCAGAAAGCAGCUAACAGUGCCACUGGUAUUCCAACUGUUUAA